AUGGCCUUACAUCUUGAUCGCAAGACUUUGGAGAACAUGAAGCGAGUUGAUCUCCAGAAACUAUGCAAAGACCACGGGAUAAAAGCCAACCUAAAGUCUGAGGCCCUUGUCGACCUACUCUUGGAUACUAUGCAACCGCGUACUCGUCCAGUCCCUGACACACAGGCAAGGCGGUCGGCUUCUAUCAGGGUUGUCAGUCGUUCCACAAUCGACUCUCGCCCGAGAGGGAUGUCAGGCAGUUCCGUCAUUAUACAUGACACUGACGACGAAGAAGAGACUGCAGCGGAAGGUGUUGGUCGACCAACCCUAGCAGGGGGGAGUGGUGCACGCGCUAUUACAAGGUCGCUGAGUGUCCCGAAAACACCACGGGGGAAAGUGAGUAGGAGUAUCAAGCCAUCGGAAGCCCCCAUUCAGGAGGAAGAGGAACCUACAGAGGCAGAAGGUUUGUACUUUGACUUGGAUACUGCGCCUCGUGUUCUCAUUCUCGACCCUCACAAAGCCGCUGUGGCGGGUCCGUCGGGGACGCAGCAUGACCUGGGCCUUCCUCAGGGUAGCCUAUUCGGAGGAGAGGGCGCCUCAUCAUCUCGCAUACCUGAAGAGUCUAACCAUUAUACGGAUGCAAUAAUGCAACCGCUAAAGCAACAAAUGCAGUCGCUGCAGGCAGAAUUGCAACAGCUGACCCUGCAGGUGGCUGACAUUCAGACACUCAAAACACAGCUGUCAGGACUAACGUCCGAAGUCGAGAGGCUCCGCUCCGAGACCAGCCGUAUAGCACAGCUUGAAGCUGAGAUCGAAACUCUCAAGGAGGCUGCAUUCGCAGGCGCGAUUUCUUCGUCUCCCCGUCAAUCUGCCAAAAGCGCAGGGAAGGCCCGCGCGAUAGACCAGCACAGCAGUCCACCAACGAUAAUUUCUCCCAUGGAAGUCGACGACCAACCAUCAGAGCCCACUGUACAAGGCGGUAAGACGGCUAAUCCGUCCACUGCUGGGCUGUCUCAGAGUCUUCUGGGCAAGCGGCUAAGGGAUUCAGAUGAUAGCCCUGGCACAGGGGCCGCCGAUGCAGGCAAAACAGGCGAGAAGGAACUUGAGCAAGGCGUGAUUCGACCUACGAAGAAACGUGCAAAACUUAGUCCGAAGGUGCCGGGUGGUUUACGGUCUUCUUCUCACGAGUCUCCGCCUCUCGAGGACACCGCACCCGCACCCGCACCUAGUCGGCCCGCAUUCACCGUGUUUAGUGGACCAGAAGAACAAGAACUCCUAGAGACGUAUAGUGAUCCCCCACCGAAUUUAUCGGAUUACCUCGACCUGCCGCCAGCCGGAUUCGCCCCUCCUGUCGGCAACGGGAAUGGUCACGGGCCUGUGACUGCUACGGCAAACGCGAACGAGAACGUUCAACAGGCUACUACUACUCCGUUCACUUUCACUUUUAGCCAUCCAAUGUUCCCUCCGGUCACGUCUACGCCCGUUGGCCCGUAUGGCGAAACCAUGCCGUCGUUCAUAUACCCCGAGCCCCCAAUCUCACCCACUCCCGGCGCGACUACAAGCCCUAUAGGUGGGUAUAUUGAUCGUGGCGGUAGGCGUGAACGCAAUGAUCUGUUCCACCCACUGGGCCCACCCAGGCGGCCGCGCUCCGCUGCUACACAGGCGUCCCGUCCACAGUCUAGUGAAAGUCCAGGCGCAGAAGGCACCGUUAAUCCCGCGGCGCUGAUGCGCACACCGUCGUUGGCCACGGUACCCGAGCUCGGCGCCGAGCCCACGCCGAUAUCGAGCACGGAGGUCGGGCACGGCCUUGGGUUGACUGCGCUGCCUCUUCCGCCGGAUACGCCGGCUGCGCCCAUGAAACGGACAAUGUAUGGCACGGAGCUCGAGGCGGAUACACGGUUCGGGGACUUCGGUGUCGAGGGUGUUGCCACGGGGUUCUGGACGGGAAGGGCGCCGCGUUUUUGA